CCUUGGUGACUUCAUCGACUGUGAGCUGCUGGUAUAGGACCUGACCAUGGACCUGUGCAAACUAGCUUUCCUCUUGGGAGCCCUAAUCUGCACUGCAAGUGGUACUGAAGUGGACGGCUACAUCAGAACUGAGGGAGAACAGAUCCUCUCACUGCAGAGAAGAUAUUACUUAGUCAGCUCUGUGGCUGAGUGUGCCGCCAAAUGUGACACUGAAACAUUCUUCACAUGCAGGUCUUUCACAUAUCAUGAGAGGAACGACAAGUGUUGGACAUCACCAGAAAACUCUGAAACAGAGACGCCCACUCGUGGAAAAAACACAGUACUGUAUGAAAAAAAAGAGCUGUCUACAGAUGAGUGUAUGCACUGCACUGGCGAGGACUACAGGGGGAAUGUGUCUGUAACAAAAAAUGGCUACACCUGCCAACGCUGGGACUCCCAGACACCACACAGCCAUGGCUACGACCCCAGCUUUCUCCCAGAUGAGCAUCUUGAGGAAAACUUUUGCAGAAACCCAGAUGGAGAAUCCCAACCGUGGUGCUUCACCACUGACCCGUCCAAACGAUGGGACCUCUGCUCUAUACCCCGCUGCACAUCCGAGCCUCCCACCAUCGUACCAGAGAUGAACUGUGCCAGUGGUAACGGAGAAGCAUACCGAGGCACAAUUGCUGUGACUAAAUCUGGCAAAACGUGCCAAGACUGGUCGGCUCAGACGCCACAUGUCCCCACCCGCGGGCCAGAUAACUACCCCUGCAAAGGCCUGGAUAAAAACUACUGUCGUAACCCCGACAAUGGAAUUAAGCCCUGGUGUUACACCACUGACAAUGAAACUCGCUGGGAGUACUGCGAUGUGCCGAGCUGUGAGGUAGAAGAAGGUGGUACAGAGAGCCCUCCAGAGGAACUAGACUGCUAUGAGGGGGAUGGAUCAAGUUACCGUGGCCAAACAGCAGAGACCAUCAGUGGAAUAAUAUGUCAGCCGUGGGGCACCAUGUUUCCUCACAGUCACAAUUAUACUCGACAUAACUACCCCAACGGGAACCUCAAGAGGAACCUGUGCAGGAACCCUGACGGAGACGAAGCUCCUUGGUGUUACACUUUAGACCCUCAUGUCCGCUGGGAAUACUGCAGCCUGGAGAAAUGCCCCAGUUCUUCAGAAGCUACACCCCCAACUGCUGAAACUCCCUCCAAUGCAGCUCCACCUCCUAAAGACUGUAAGACUGGAAAUGGAGGAACAUAUCGAGGUCCAACCUCCGUCACCUCUAAGGGUCUGACCUGCCAGGCCUGGAGUGCCCAGAGCCCUCACCUCCACAACAGCUUCACCCCAGAGAGUCACCCCGAUAAGGGUCUGGAGGGAAAUAGCUGCAGAAACCCAGAAGAGGGUGUGAGGGGACCGUGGUGUUACACUACUGACAAAAACACGAGAUGGGACUAUUGUGACAUCCCAAACUGUGUCAAAGUUGAAAGGACAUGUGGGACUCCAGUCUUCAAACCAAAGCGUUGUCAGGGUCGGAUCCUGGAGGGCUGCGUGUCUAAACCUCACUCAUGGCCCUGGCAAAUUAGCUUCCAGUUGCCAGUGGGAAAACAUAUCUGUGGAGGAAGUUUAAUUCACCCUCAGUGGAUCCUUACUGCUGCACAUUGUCUGCGUAGGUCCGAUGACGCUGCAUCCUACAAGGUAGUCCUGGGUGCCCACAAAUGGAGAGAAAAUGAGGCAUCACAGCAGGAGAGGAACGUGGAGAAAAUGAUAAGAGGACCCAAUAAAAGUGACAUUGCUCUUGUCAAACUGCAGAGCCCUGUACAAAUAAAUGACUAUGUCCUGCCAGUCUGUCUGCCAGAGAAGGACUACAAUGUUCCUAGUAGAGCCGAGUGUUACGUUUCCGGUUGGGGUGAAACCAAAGAUAGGAAGGUCUCAGACAUCCUGAAGGAAACUAGUGUCCCUGUGGUCGAGAACAAGGUCUGUAAUGAUGUAGAGUACUGGAACAAUGGAAUCAAAGACACUGAGAUGUGCGCUGGAUACAACGAGGGAGGAGCAGACAGCUGCAAGGGAGACAGCGGCGGUCCUCUGGUGUGUAUUAAGAAGAACAGGUACAUCCUGCAGGGGGUGGUAUCAGAGGGCUCCUACCCAUGCGGCAAGCCUAUGAAGCCUGGCAUCUAUGUUCGAGUCUCCAAGUAUCUGGACUGGAUCGACAACACCAUCAAAGACAAUUAAAAACCAUCCACCUUUAACAGAUACUUUUACACGCAUGUACUGCUCUGCAGCAACAUGACUACUUGUUGCCAGAUAUUAUUUGAUGAUUUGAUGUCAGCAGAUGAUUUUGUUUGCUGUAGUAGAAACACACAGAACAGAUCAUGUUUAUGGUUUUAGCAUUUAAAGGUGUUUUUCUGUAAGCGCUGAACAAUAAAAAAAUACAAUGAAAAAGU